AUGGCGGACGCUUAUUUGCAGCAGUUCGUAGAUGAGUCCACCAUGUUCAAUCACGUUGUUUUGGGGAACCUUUUGCCGACCAGUCUGUGGGGUCCUUUACCCCAUGUCGUGCAGACAUGGCUACGGAUCUACGUUGCUGGGAUUUUGCUCUACUUCAUUUCUGGCUUCCUGUGGUGCUUUUAUAUUUACUACUUGAAACACAAUGUUUAUAUCCCCAAAGAUGCUAUCCCUACAAAUAAAGCCAUGCUCUUGCAGAUUGGUGUUGGCAUGAAGGCCUGGCCGGUUUACUGUGCUCUCCCGACUUUCUCCGAGUACUUGGUCGAAUCCGGCUGGACCAGAUGCUACGCUCGAGUCAGCGAAGUCGGCUGGCCACUGUACCUAUUACAUGUAUUUCUUUAUCUCACGGUGCUGGAGGUCGGUGUUUACUGGAUGCACAGAAAGAUGCAUGAGAUCAAACCUCUAUACAAGUAUGUUCAUGCUGUCCAUCACAUCUACAACAAGCAACACACCAUUUCUCCAUUUGCUGGUUUGGCUAUUCACCCUCUGGAUGGGAUCCUGGAGGCUACGCCUCAUGUGAUAACGCUCUUCAUCGUGCCGACUCAUUUUACGACUCAUCUGGGACUGAUGUUGUUCGAGUCGAUCUGGGCGAUGAACAUUCAUGAUUGCAUCCAUGGUAACCUACGGGCCGUGAUGGGUGCUGGCUACCACACCGUUCAUCACAUUACGUAUCGCCAUAACUACGGCCAUUACACCAUAUUGAUGGAUUGGAUGCUCGGAACUCUACUCGAUCCUGUCGACGGUGAAGGCAAGAAAGUGAUGUAA